ACUAUUUAGUCAACGGAGAUCAGCCACCGCAUGAGGUAACAACUAACCAUCCCUUCCGUCACCCAUUCUCCGUCACGCAGUGGUGGAAUUAAGUCAGAAUUCUCCUAUGAUCUUAUGGAGGGGUAUGGGAUACGACGGCUAAUUCCUAAAGAUAACCGCUGUUACUGCGCUCCAACCAGCUGCGGACCCAUCUCGGGGGCCAUCUUCAUUUCACAAGGGUCAACAACGAACAAAGUUCAACCGUGAUGUCGUUCGAUACUCCAGCUUCGGCUGAGCCACAAGCACGGGCUUUAAGCGCUUCAUGUCUUGAUUUUCUCCUAAUCGAGCUAGUACCUAUGGCAGAACGCCUGGCGAAGGAACUUUCAACUGACGAUACAAUUCCCGAUGAUGAUGAGAUUAGGGAAACGACAUUUUUCCGCCUCGAAUCUCUUGGAUACAGAGUUGGACAAGGCCUCGCAGAAAGAUUCUCUCGAGACCGCCCUAGAUUCUCGGAUAAUCUCGAUGUUAUUAAGUUUUUGUGCAAAGACUUAUGGACGAUCCUUUUCAAGAAGCAGGUCGAUAAUUUGAAGACCAAUCAUCGGGGGGUAUAUGUUCUGACCGAUAAUUCAUUCCGGCCAUUCGCAAGGAUGAGCAUGUCUGUGAGAAGCGAGGCGGUGUCCAUGGCUCAGGCGUAUUUAUGGUUCCCGUGUGGUGUCAUUCGCGGCGCUUUAUCAAACCUGGGGAUCAAUACUACUGUUCAGGCCGAGACGGGUGAGCUUCCGGGAGCAACAUUUCAGAUCAAAACAGUCCAACCCAAAUCAUGAAUGGAGUGCGAACAGCUGGCCUGUACGUAAUGAAAUGUCCAUUCUCGCAGCGGAGAUAGCCUUGGGACAGUACAGCAAAAGGGCCUGAAAACCGAGCCCAGCAUCAGAUAGACUGGGUAACCGAAUCGGCUAAUGCUCUACAAUCGGGUCACAGACCACUCUUCCUGCUCUUACAGUACAUAGAGAUGAGUUCGUGCAGGUAUGAGUACA